UGUAAGAAUGGCCGUUCCUACUAUUUUAAAUUCGAGUUAAGGAAUAUUUUAUAAUAGAUUUAUUCGAAUAACAGAUAGCUUUUACCUGAAUGAACUAUGUCUAUUAAUGUUACUGUUAAUGGGAAUCGUUUGAAUAUUCGCAGAGGAAGAAUGGUACUAUCUGAUUUAGAUCAAAUUAAGAAAAAUGAGCGUGAUCGUCGACGAAGGUUACGUUUGGAGCAGGUGCGCCAACAAUCAAAAGAAAUAUCAGAUAGACUUUUGAAACGUACAAAAUGCAUAGCUAAAGAGGAACUUAGAAAGCUUGAAAAUAAUGACAAUUUAGGUUUGAAACAAAUAUACAAUGGAAAAAUCAUGGAAGUUCAACAGAAAUAUCAAGAGGACAUGGCAGAUAUUGGUCAAGCACAUAUGUCUGCUACAUUAGAACCAGAUCAUGAUACAUUGAUCAAGGAGCAAUUUAGGAAGAAUCAAUUAGCAGCAUUAAAAAGAGGAAAAGAAGCAAUGAAGCAAAUGAAAAAUAUUCAGCAGACGGAUAAUACACAACAACAGCGUCAAGAAAGAUUACAUCAAGUGAGAGAAAUAGAGAACUUUAGGUCUACAAUGGUAGCAAACCUUCCCAAGAAAACAAUAUCUGAAGAAAAUACUAUAUGUAUAUCUAUUCAGAAAGAAACUGAAGAGAAAAAUAAACAAGAAAAGAUGUCUAAAAAGAUGAAGAAACAUGUUUGUAAGAAAUCACCUGGGAAGACAAAAACCAAUAUAAAAGUUGUAAGAAAUGAUAUUAAGAUAAGUUCUCCAGCUAAAUCUCCAGUUAAGUCUGCAAUUAAAUCUCCAGUUAAAUCCACAGUUAAAUCCCCAGUUAAAUUGAAGGCAAAAACAAUAGAAGAAAUUCAAGAAAAUGAUUCUCCAAUUCUAGAACAGCAAUCUACUCCUAACUCAGUUAUAGAACUAUUGCCUGCACAAACUGCACAUGCUACUGAACUUAAGUUUGACAAUAAAACUUCUGAACAAAAAGUACAAAAUAUUCGGAUAAAAGAUAAAACAACAAGGUAUAAUCCAGAUGACUAUGUACAAACAACUUCAGAUUCUACUAAUAGUGAUAGUUCUAGUUCAUUUAGUGAUGAUUCAUCAUAUUUUUCUGAUAGUGGCGAACAAUAUAUAAACAGAGAAACAAAAACACCAAGAUAUGUAAAAUGCCCAACUACUGAUAAAGUACACUUAUAUGAUCAUAAAAAGCAUCAUAGUAAUGUGUAUGAUCAACCAACUGGUGUAGUUGAAAAAAUACAAGCAUGGGAUGAGCCAAGUGCAAUGGAUUUGGCUCAAGAAAUUGAACAAGCACAAACUGUUCAAACACGCGUAUUAGAAAGUCGUAAACACAGCGCGAAGAAACGAGGAGAAGAUGCAGUAUUAAGAGAAAAAGUACGCCGGGAUUAUCAAACACUUAUGCAACAUCUAGAUCAACUUACAACUGAAGAACGUAAAUUAAAAGCCAGUCAAGUCGAACAUUAUCCGAAAGAUACAUAUGUACAGGAAGAACGAAGAAAAAUGUUACGAGACCAACACAAAACGAAAUUAAAUCGUGCACUAAAAACGUUAUUAAAUGAAGAACAAUGUACGUCGUACCCUGUAGAAAGACAAAUUACUCUUACACCAAGAAAGCAUGAUAAAAACAUAGAUGAUUGUGUUAAUUGGGAAGAAUCAUGUUGCUUUAGUCAAUGUACAGAAACUAGCAAAAUUCCACAAAGCAAAUGCAAAGAGAAUGGAAUCUCACGUGAAGAACAAAUAUUAGAUAUGUUAAAAAAGGUUGAAAGACAGAAGCGAUUGUUAUUACAAGAAUUUGGAGCAAAUUUACCAAACGACAUUUUUAAUGCAUCUAUAAAGCCCUUGUUUGAAAGAGAUAAAUCAGUUCAGACUCAGUCACCUACUCAAGUCGUGCCUAUCCAAAAACCUAUAUCGCCAGAAAUCACAGUCAUAAAUGCAUCUUUUGAUGAAAAAAGUAAAAAAGAUAAAACAGAAGAAAAAAGUGAUAUAUCUGUGAAAAAAGUAGAAAUUGCUGUACAAACUAUGACAGGAGAUAAGAGUAGAGAAACUGUAGCUCAAGAUAAAAGUACGCAAGUAGAAUUGGUGCCACAGAAGGAAAGUGAAUCUACUUCUGUUACUGAUGAAAUUAAGACAAUUACAGACCAUUACCCAAUUGAACCAAAAAUUACGGUUAUUAGAGCGGGAGUAGACAGUAGCGAAUCAACAAGUUCUGAGACAAUAAACGGAAUUACUGACAUUGAUGAAGAAAGCCCGGAAAUAACGCACAGAAAGAAAAAGUACGUCAUGAAAACAUCGAAGCCAAUUCCGACAAAAAUAUGUCACAAAUCAUGUUCAACUCGUCCAUGCAAACCUUCGACUCCUACAAAGAAAUAUUCAAAAUUUUUGUCGAAAUCGCAAUAUAGCAGUCCAAGAAGGUGUACGAGUACGGAAGAUGUGCCUAGUAAAAAGAUUAGAAUGUAUGUGGAUAAAAGUGGAUUAAAUAUUAAAGUACAGCCACCUCCGGUUGCAGAAAUUGCUGUAGAUGUUAAUACGCAAAGUACUCAGGUUUAUUCAACGGGCACUCACGAACAACAACAGGUCACUACGAGUAAACAACAAUGGAUUCAAUCCAAGUCAAAAAGAAUUAAAAUAAAGGAUGUUUCAGACUCAUCAACGUCUUUUGCUAGUCCACCACCAGUAAAGCCUAGAGAUAUAUUUGAAGCGUUAGGCAAUAAUAUCUCUAUUCUCGAACUGUUAGAUUCAUCAACAAACGAAAGCUUAAGGCUUUUGAGGAGAGAUGUUAGUCCAGUAUCAACACCUGAAACCCCAUCACCACGUACCAUGAGGAUGCCUUCAAAUAUACCUGAUCUAGCUAGAAUUAAAAAAUUACUUAGAUAUCCAUCCACAGAUACUCAAACAUAUAAUAAUGAUGAUAAUAAUAAUAUUAACAACAAGUCAUCGUCCACCAAAAAUGAUUAUUCAACAUCAACAGAUAUAUCUCAACAUCAGCAAAAUGAUCGUCCAUUAUCAAGAAAGAUUAACGACGUAUAUUUGAAAGUUCCAGCUUCAUUAGGAUUUUGUUUAUGUAAUAAUCCAGAAUGUAAACAAGAACAUACUAAAUUUGAUGAAAUUCGUAAUUAUGCAUUAAAAAAUUGCCCACAGAUAUUACAAAAGUACGAAGAUCUUCAAACUACGUGCGCUGAGAGAAUAAUUUCUUUGACACAUCUUAUUGAAAAAGUUCGAAAUGAACAAAGAGGUAUGGAAAUGUCCAUGAUCGAUCCAUCUCGACUUGAUGAAACCAGUUUGAUGCAGUUACCUGAGCCACGAGAGAGGUCUGAUCUGGAAAAUGUUCAUAAACUUGUAGAAAAUAUAGAAGCGAUUCAUAAUCAACUUGCAAAAACAUUAAUCGAAUCUCAAAGGAUUAUUAAAAGCAAGGCAAUUAAAGAAGAACCUGAUCAAAUUAAAGAAACACAAACAACAAUAACUCCAACAACCGAUGAUAAUGUAAUUUGCCCUGAUGAACAAGAAAUAAAAGUAGAAAAAAAAAGAGCCAAGCCAAAGAUUAUAAACGAGGAAAAAGUGAAUAUUCAGCUGAAUAGAUUCAAAGUACAUAAAUCAGCUCAAGUGUUAACAUCAACACCAGAACAUGAUACUAAGCUGAUGAAACAUUAUGAGGAAGAACUGAUAGAAAAAAUAUCGAAAGAAAUUUUGGAACAAAGUGAAGGUUUCAAUAAUAAUAAUUUAAUUACAUCAAAAGAAAUUUCAACUAUAAAACAUUCCAUACAAACUUCAACGGAUAAUGAUGAUUUUAAAAGUAAUAUUUCCAGAAUAGAAAGAAAUGAUACAACUACAAGGAAACAUUCUAAUAAAGAGUCAAAAAGGAUUAAAGAUUUUAUUCCAAUGCUAACUGAUAUUCCAAAAGUAUCGAAAGCUGUAGAUAAUUUAGCACAUUCUAAUGGAAGAAGUAAACCACCAGUGAGUUUACUUAGUGGGCCAUAUAGGCCGGAAAUUGAAUCAUCAGGUCAUGAAUUAUCAACGAUAAUUGAAUUCGACACGCCGGAUACCGUAAAUAAAAGUCAUAAUGCCAGAAGUCCAUUAUCAGCGAAGAAGGUAGCAGAGAGUCAAAUAACGAAAUCUACUGCUAUAGUAAAGCCAUCCGAACACAUUGCUUCUUCGCUUAAUUCACAUAAUCAACGUGCAGAAAAGUUGUGUAAUUCUUCAGUUACAAAAUUAUCUUUAAAAGAGUUAGUAAAAGAGGCCUCGAUAUUUCUUGAUUCACCUAAAACAUCUAAAAAUAUAGGAAAUCAAAAUUUAAUGGAAAGUAAAAACGAAGGAAGAGAAGGUAUUGCCGAGGAGAUGAACGAUAGAAAAUUACAGCGUAACACGGUUAAUCAAAAAUCAUCGCAGAUAGAGGAAUUGCAGCUUUUUUAUCCUAGUAUUGAUGCAAAUAAGGAAUGUAAAGAUAAUAAGGAUAAAAUCACAUCUACAAGUUCAAAUAGUUUUUCCGAAUUAUCGGGUGUUUCACAAAUAGCAAGUACCCCAUCUUCUACUAUAUUAAAAUAUGCAUCAUCUCCGGAAGAAAUGGAAAUUGCUCUUAAAAAACUUGGUCUAGGUUGGGCGAUUACGACGUUGAAAAAAACACGCGAAGCAAGCGCUUUGAGCUCAUCAUCGAAUUCUGAUGCAACACCGAUGAAUACUGCUAAAAGAAUAUCACCUGUUAAGAAGCAAUUCGAUAGUAAUUACGGUUUACCAGAUUUUAGUGACGUGUCUUCGAUAUCUAUUAAAGAAGCUAGUAAAAGUACAGAGCAAGCAGUUCUCUUAAAAGGUAGAACUUCUACACCAAAGCUACAAAACUCGAAUUCUAAUAGCGAGAGGACGAAUUCAAUUAACACAAAUAUAUCUGAAAAUUUUCAAGAACCUGACAAUGGUUUAAUAAUUUCAAAUAUAUCUCUUACGAAGACGAAAUCUAGCAUUAAAAAGUUAGAAAAUCUAUGAUGUAUUUUUAUACUUUUAUCUAGUAACAUUUAUUAUAAAUAUUUAAAAAUAUACAAUGAAUUAGUGAAAAAUCAGUUUAAAA